AUGGCGCGGCCCGUCCCGGUGCCAGCAGACGUGAUGGUGCGGCCCGUCCCGCUGCCGUCGAACGUAGUGGCGCGACCCGUCCCGGUGCCAGCAGACGUGAUGGUGCGGCCCGUCCCGCUGCCGGCGGACGUGGUGCGGCCCGUCCCGGUGCCGGCGAACGUGGUGGCGCGACCCGUCCCGGUGCCAGCAGACGUGAUGGUGCGGCCCGUCCCGCUGCCGGCGGACGUGGUGCGGCCCGUCCCGGUGCCGGCGAACGUAGUGGCGCGACCCGUCCCACUGCUGGCGCACGUGGUGGUGCGGCCCGUCCCGCUGCCGGUGGACGUGGUGGUGCGACCCGUCCCACUGCCGGCGGACGUGUCCCAUGCGGGCCUGGCCACAGCCUAG